CAGCCCCUCCAAUGCAAAUUGCAAAACCCAAACGUGCACACUCUGCUUCGGCGUCCACCGUUAAUUAAUAUUCCCCCGCCUCAGCAGAUUCUCUUUUCUUUCCCAAGCCAAGAAUAUCUCACUCUCUCUCUUUCUCUUCGCUUCCUACCUUUCUCUCCCGAUCAGAUUCCUCUCUUUUUCGAGCUUCGCUUUUUAAUCUGACCAACGAUGCCUAACCCUGUUGCGUUGUUCCUCCCCCUUUAUCUUCCAUUCCUUUCUCUCUCUCUACUCGUUGCUUUCAUCUUCUCUUACUUCACGUCUCCGGCUGAUCGUCGUCAUUUCUACUCAACAAUAGCUUUCCUCGACUUUCCAUGGCUCCUCCCCCAGGUGUCAACCAUAUCUCUAACCCUUGUAUUUACGGGGAUUUUGCUUCUUCGUAUACAGAGAGGAAAUCUCGCUUUAUGAAAUGGCUUUAUAAGCUAUUCAAGGGUGGGUCUAGUCAUGGAAGUGGUGCCCGUCAUCCACAGCUUAUCGGGGAGGAAAACAUUGCCCGGCGUGCACCAGCUCUACCUCUGGAUGACCGUGCCAGAGCUCGGAAGGAAAAGGAGGAACUAGAUCAUGCCAUUGCACUUUCUUUAUCUGAAGAUUGGAAGAGAUCAAAUGGAUAUAGACGGCGAACAGGUUAUGAUGAAGAUCUAGCUAGGGGACUUCCAGAUAGUCUGAAUUCAUCUUCAUAUCCUCCUUAUGCACCCACACCAUAUUAUCCCAUGGGAUCCAGAGUUUGCGCUGGCUGUCACCGUGACAUUGGACAUGGAAAUUAUUUGGGAUGCUUGGGAACUUUUUUUCAUCCCGACUGUUUCCGCUGUCAUUCUUGUGGUUAUCCCAUUACUGAGCAUGAGUUUUCUUUCGCAGAGAAGAAUCCAUAUCACAAGUCUUGUUUCAAGGAAUUGACCCAUCCGAAAUGUGAAGUGUGCUUCCAAUUUAUCCCAACAAAUGAAGCUGGUUUGAUAGAGUAUAGGUGCCAUCCAUUCUGGUCCCAAAAGUAUUGUCCAUCACAUGAGCAUGAUGGCACAGCUCGCUGCUGUAGUUGUGAGCGUCUGGAGUCUUGGAAUGCAAGAUUCUAUUCUUUGGAAGAUGGGAGGAGUUUAUGCUUAGAGUGCAUGGAAUCAGCCAUUAUGGAUAAUGGUGAUUGCCAACCCCUUUACCAUGCCAUCAGGGACUAUUAUGAAGGAAUGAAUAUGAAACUGGAUCAGCAAAUACCCAUGCUUCUGGUUGAAAGACAAGCACUUAAUGAAGCUAUUGUCGGGGAGAAGAAUGGCUAUCAUCACAUGCCUGAGACACGGGGAUUAUGUCUUUCGGAAGAGCAAACUGUCACCAGUAUACAAAAGAGGCCAAAAGUUGGGGGCCAUCGACUGACUGGAUUGAGAACUCAACCUCAAAAGCUCACUCGAAAAUGUGAAGUUUCAGCCAUUCUUGUUCUAUAUGGCCUUCCAAGACUACUCACAGGUGCUAUCCUUGCCCACGAGUUGAUGCAUGGCUGGUUACGUCUUAGAGGUUACCGCAAUCUGAAUCCAGAGGUAGAGGAAGGUAUCUGCCAAGUGCUUUCCUACAUGUGGCUGGAAUCAGAAGUACCGCCGGAAUCCAGCAACAUGCCAUCUACAUCAGCAGCUUCGUCGUCCUCAUCAUCUUCAAAAAAGGGGAGAAAGUCCAUUGUGGAAAAAAAGCUGGGUGGGUUUUUCAUGCACCAAAUCGCCAAUGACGCUUCCCCAGCAUAUGGAGAAGGAUUCAGGACUGCUAAUGCGGCUGUUAGUAAGUAUGGUUUACGCCGGACCCUUGACCACAUUCACAUGACAGGAAACUUGCCCCUGUAAGAAUGCCAAAAUUGUUUUGCCAUGGCGUGGUCUGUUCCUUCCAUUAUUCUCUCGCGAGAUACUAUAUCGCCUCUCAAAAGGAUUUGAGCUAAUCAUGAAAGCUUAAAUGGCAAACCCUUACAUUUCCAUCGGGUCCUGUAAUACGUGUUCACCCAAAUGGUUCUUUCCAGUUCAAUAAUGAGCACACCAUUCUAUUAUUUGGCCACGAACCAAUGGUUCUUUUUAUUUUUUCUCACUUUUGCUUUGAUGUAUUUUUUUUUUCCUUAUCAAUUGGAAUGCCAUCAGACAAGCUUGUAAGAUUUAUACAAGGAAAAACAUUAAUUG